GGUGUGGACCAUUUUUAGGCCUCUUGGUGGCGAAUGACGUGGCCCCUACCCUCACAGAAGCUUGAUUACUAUCAAAUUUAGCAUCAUGCACGCACUCUCUCUCUCUCUGUUUGGUCACCUUCUGUAGAAAAUACAGGAACUGGAGCACUUAGAGGCAAACAAGCACAAUGGACGUAGUCUCUAAAGAGGGCCCGCUCUUUUUGCAGGGUGUCAAGUUUGGGAAGAAGAUAUGGCGGAAAUCCUGGCUGGUUCUGUUUGAGUCCAGCCCUGCAGGAGUUGGUCGCAUGGAACUGUACGACAUGCGUGAUGGAGGGGGUCUGAAGGGCUUCGCCAUUUCGAGGCCUGCGGGCCUCAGGAAAACGGACAAACGGGUGAUCCGCCUGACAGACUGUCUGAGCAUCACCCCAGCCCCAGGAGAGAGCUGUCCCACAGAUUGCUCUGCCUUCUUUUUAAACACCACCUCAUGCACCUACACAAUCGCUGCUCCCACUCGGGAGGACUGGAUCUCUGUUCUGUGCCAGCAAGCAUUUCAGAAGACCCAAGGAGCUGAAGAUGCCAAGAAAGUCCAGAAAGAAAAAUACUUGCCACCGGCUGACAAUCAACUGUACUCCACCUGGGGAGCAGGCCAGUUCCAGGUGACAGUGCAGAGCACAGAUGCAUCUCAGAGGUGCAGGAUGUCUGGGUCAUACCUGUUGUCUGCUGAGAAAGAGGCUAUUUGCCUGCUGGACCUCAAGACCGGAAAGGCCAUUUACCACUGGCCCUACAGGCUCCUUCGGAGAUUUGGUCAAGUCAAGGGGGGAAUUAUGAUCGAGGCAGGUCGUCGCUGUCACACUGGGGAGGGACAGUUCAUUUUCUUGUCAAAACAGGGGUCGCAAAUACACAGGGCUAUUGAGGAGGCCAUCAUGCACCAGAGUGUCCAAGAACUGCUAGCACAAGCUUCUGCUCUUCCGCAACAGUUUGCACCCCAGCCCCCCUCGCCUAAAAGCAAACCAAAGGACAGGCCUAAGGCGAAAAUGCCUCCUCCAAUCAGCAUGAAUCAAGACCGACCGCCGCGCCCAGCAUUACAAUGCAAAUAUGGACAGCAAAUACACAAAGCCAAAGAAGAGACACACCAGAGUCGCCAAGAUCUUCUGUCAUCAUCCACACCCCUUCCACAAGCCAUUCCAAACCCACCACUUUCACCAAAACCCAAAAUUAAUGUCGAUAGGCAUUUUCCAGGCAUCAAGAAUCAGGAAAGACCUUGCCCACCUGCAAUGCAGAAAUAUGGACAGCCAAUACACAAGCUCAUUGAAGGUGCUCUCAAACAGCAGAAUGUCCAUGAGCUGCUGGCAUCAUCCAACCCUCCUCAACAAGCCCCUCCACCACCACCACCAUUGCCUAAAACCAAACCAUCGAACAGGCCUAAUGUUAAAAAGCAUCCUCCGGCCAACUUAAAUCAAGAAAAACCCGGUCCUGCACUACCACGCAGAAACAUCACCUUACCAGAUCCACCUUCUUGUGUCAAAAGCCCUGUGAGUAGCCCAGAUGAUGUUUUGUAUUCGAUAAUAUUUCCACAACCAAAGCCAAGAGCAAAAAUUAAUCUCCCAAGAGUUGCAACACCUCCCAGUCUACCACAACACUUUGGAAUUAACAGUAAUCCAGAUACAGAUGUAAUUAUGGAGAAAGAGAAGGAAUGGAAAUCAUCACAAGAACCUUCUAAGAGCAGCAAUGAGGAGGCUCCCUACACUAACUGGACUGUUACGACUACUGCCGAGAGUGAUGAACUGAAUAUUGAGGAUCUGUAUAGCAAAGUGAAUUUUGCCUCUAAGCGUAAGAACAGACAAACUGAGGACAGUGGUGGUCAAGAGGAGCCAAAUGCUGACCAACAAACUCCUGUGACCACUUCAAGCGAAAUCCCUGUUGACUUCAAACAGACCCUUUCUAGCAUUCUGUUUAAAGAGCUGUCCAAAUUGCCACCCCCAUUUCCUUCCAGGUCACAUGGGGGAAGUCGCGAUCAGUUAGACAGUAUAGAUGAGCAGAUGACUGAUUAAGGUUUCUGUGUCUACAGUUGCGGUCACUGCUAGUGUAAGUGAUAUGUAUUAUACUGUGCGAUAAGUUUUAACAUUGUACUUUUUUAAUAAUAAUGUACAGAAGAUGUUAUAAUUAAAUAGGCCUAUAAAGAAAACUGUAUUAUAUGAAUACUAAAGUAAAUGAUAUUAUUUGAAAAGUAUUUGUAAGAUAUAUUGUAAAAAUGUGUAUUUCAACCGAUAUAUCAAAAAUAGUCGAAAACAAUUUGGUUGUGAUUUGGUCGCUGUCAUGAAAUAGUUCUCAUUUCAAAAUUUGGGUGCGCUUUUAAUGCAGUGUUUCCCAACCCUGUUCCUGCAGGCACACCAACAGUACAUUUUGGACUUGGACUCCCUUAUCUGACCCAUCUAUUUCUGCUCUUGGAGUCUCUACUAAUUAGCUGAUUAGUUGAAUCAGAUGUGUUUAAUUAGGAAGAGUUGUGUUGAAAAUGUGUACUGUUGGUGUGCCUCCAGGAACAGAGUUGGGAAACACUAUUUUAAUACAUCCUUUAUGUUAACUUUUUCAUUCGCUGAAAUCCCAUUUCUUCUUUCAACUCUGGCUACAUAGUACGAGCCACAAGCACUGGAGCGUGGACCUUGAAUAAGCAUUUUAUUGGUUGACUACUACUGAACGGAUACGCCCUCCUUGCGGCAUUGAUUAAACUCAUUCGUGAACGAACUGACUGAAUGAAGCAUUUCGUUCGUGAAGAGAAGCUGCUGACCGACUGAACAAGAGUCAUCAUGUGAGUCAGUCGAGUUAAAAACAAUUGAACAUUCGGAAUAAUUAUGGAUUUGUAAAUGCUGACUCAAUUAAAAUUAAGCAGCGUACAGGGGGUACUGAAACUGUUAGGAUAUUGUUGAUUUUAAGGUUCAACAAAAGUCAUAGGUCCAUAUCCAAAAUAGAGAAAAAGUUUGUUGACAAUUGGGGAACGCGUGUGACGUUUAAAACGAUGACUUGUUUCAGUCGUUCAAACUGUUGAGUGAAUCAUUUAAAUGACUCACACAACACACAAAAAGACCCUUACUUUGUCGCCACCUACAGGCAAAGCUAUGCCAGUAGGUGGCGACAAAGUGUAUUUUUGUGUGUUGUGUGAGUCGUUUUAACCUGAAGAGCGAAUUUGAAUGAAACUUUUUGGGUUCGAAAGCUAUAGUGCUGGUUAAUCAAUGGGAUAUGAUACUGGAUAAAAGAACCUGUGCUAUUUAUUUAAAUAGGCUAACUGCAUGAAAAGUUUUUCAUCCAUUCAGAUUGCACGAUUGACUGUUGUAUAUAACCGAUGUAUGAAUCGAAGCAAAAAAAUAUAUAUGUAAAGAAAAUCUUUAUUAAACUUUUGAGGUAAUAAAAAAAUCACAAAGAGACAUAAA